AUGGAUCAUAGCCCAGCUUGCAAGGACAAGAAGAAGAAAACCAUAGACCAGUCCAUGCUACUCUGCUGUAAGCUUUACAUAUCUGAAUCGCGCAACCACGCUGCUCUGGACGCCAUUGAACGUGCUGCCAGGCUCGAUCCAGAGUCUGUCAUUGUUAACAAGUUUGAGGACCGAGCUUACAAUAGGGUCAGGUACACUAUUGUGUCCUAUGUUAUGCAUGAUAGCACAGGAAGUGCCAUAUAUAGCCCCUUGCAGCAAACUGUAAUGGCCAUGGCUGAGGCAGCCUUUGGAGCCAUUAACCUUGAACAGCACUCCGGGGCUCACCCUCGGUUAGGGGUUGUCGACGACAUUGUCUUCCACCCGCUGGCUAGGGCAUCUCUGGAUGAAGCUGCUUGGCUUGCCAAGGCAGUGGCAGUGGACAUUGGCAAUAGGUUCCAAGUGCCAGUAUAUCUGUAUGCUGCAGCACACCCUACAGGCAAGGCCCUUGACACCAUCAGGCGUGAGCUUGGCUACUACAGACCCAAUUUCAUGGGCAGCCAAUGGGCAGGAUGGACAAUGCCAGAAAUCCUCCAUGAGAAGCCUGAUGAAGGGCCAACUAGUAUAUGCCCCGCCAGAGGCAUCUCGAUGAUUGGGGCACGUCCAUGGGUUGCCUUGUACAACAUACCCAUAUUGUCCACAGAUGUCGCAGCCACUCGACGGAUUGCACGGAUGGUGAGUGCCCGAGGGGGCGGACUCCCAACUGUGCAAACACUGGGCCUUGUUCAUGGUGAGGACUCCACAGAGAUAGCUUGCAUGCUCCUAGAGCCCAACCAGAUUGGAGGGGACAGAGUUCAGAACCAUGUUGAGAUGCUAGCGGCUCAAGAAGGGCUGGAUGUGGAGAAGGGUUACUUCACUGAUCACUCACCAGAUAUGAUUAUUGAAAAGUAUAUGAAACUAACAUCUGAAGACAGAAACUAA